GCUGAUAUGUAUAUGCAUUCAUAUCGCUGGUAUGGCCCUAUCCAGCUUGUGCACUUACCGUAACUAAACGGAAGGGCCCCUUUCGUGAUUUAGUUUUUUUUUUAAAAAAAAAUUGUAUCUCUUUUAAUUUCAAAUAAUAGAAUGUGAGUCAGCUCUAAGAGUUGUAAUAGCUUUUUUUUUCCGGUUUUGCUGAAUCUGAAAUGCCAUCUAAAAAUGCACAAAUGGCCUCCAUUGGGAGUUUCAAUCAACGCUCUCCAAAAACAAUCAUGGAUCCUAACAACUACUCAAAUUUUCUGUUCUGUACUUCCUACUUCUUCUUGUGCCUGUUUGUCUGCAGCUUUAUGAUGGUGGUUGCGCAUAAUAACCUUGUAGCUGUUCAAGCACACACUCCCUUAAAUGACUUUGCUCAUCAAUAUACACCUCAAUUGCUUGGAGCGGGGAUGGAGUAUUGUGAAUUAGUGGCGAUAACGCUGCUCUGUUUGGCUAUAUGCACGCUGCUAAUCAGGAGCGACCGUGCUUUGAUCUGGUGCCGACUGGCCAAUAUUGCUGGCACCGUGUUCCUUCUGCGAGCUGCCAGCAUGUUUCUAACCACGAUACCUAUACCUCACUCAGACAUACAGUGCCACGAGGGCAUUCUUGCCACAACUCCCUUCGAGUAUCUUCAGAGGACUGUGAAUAUUUACUUGCAUGGGGGGCUUUACAUCAACGGCGUGAAAAUAUGCGGGGACUACAUGUUUUCAGGUCAUACAAGUGGAAUCACACUUCUGAGCUUGUUUGUGUGCCACUACACACCUGAAAGCUUCUGGCCUCUUCGGAAAUGUGUCUUCGUUCUAAAUGUACUGGGAACCUUCUUCAUCAUUUGUGCUAGAGAACAUUACUCAGUAGACAUUCUCAUCGCGCUUGUAGUCUGUGUGCUAUGUUUUAACUACUAUCACGCUUUGGUCGAUGCUAGGCAUACGUCCAGUUGGUUUUAUCCAACUUAUCCUUUUGCAGAAGAAUUUAGAGAGCAUAAAAAUGUGUUGUAUCAGUGGCCAUUUGCCAAACCGGCUUACUUGUCUGAGCUGACGAGGAAAUUAAAUUUAACGAUACGAGAUCAGAAGUUCAAUUAGAAAAAAAAAUGAUUUCUAAAUUCAAAAAACUAAAUCUUCGAAAUAUGAAAUUUGCAUCGUCCGAAAACAGCGUCAGAA